GGCUGGAGAGACUGAACUUGGUCUUGCCAUUUCUGCUUCUUUGAAAGAGGAGACAACUUGGGCUUCCUUUUAAUUUGGUUUUUCUCCUUCUCCCCCCACCCCCAACCUUCCCCUUACCUCCCCCACCCCCCUCUACCACCACCCCCCUUUUAAAUAAGAGGGCGAAGGGGAACCAGAGCGCACAAGGGGACUGACUCAGGAGGCAGAGAAGAUGGGUAUCCUCAGCGUAGACUUGCUGAUCACACUGCAAAUUCUGCCAGUUUUUUUCUCCAACUGCCUCUUCCUGGCGCUCUAUGACUCGGUCAUUCUGCUCAAGCACGUGGUGCUGCUGUUGAGCCGCUCCAAGUCCACUCGCGGAGAGUGGCGGCGCAUGCUGACCUCAGAGGGACUGCGCUGCGUCUGGAAGAGCUUCCUCCUGGAUGCCUACAAACAGGUGAAAUUGGGUGAAGAUGCCCCCAAUUCCAGUGUGGUACAUGUGUCCAAUCCUGAAGGUAACCAUGGUGGAAGUGGCACCCAGGAGAAGACCUUGGACGGAGCAGAAUGCCACCUUCUUGACUUUGCCAGUCCGGAGCGCCCACUGGUGGUCAACUUUGGUUCCGCCACUUGACCUCCUUUUACUAGCCAGCUACCUGCCUUCAGCAAACUGGUGGAAGAGUUUUCAUCAGUGGCGGACUUCCUGUUGGUCUACAUUGAUGAGGCUCAUCCUUCAGAUGGUUGGGCGGUGCCUGGGGACUCCUCUUUGUCUUUUGAGGUGAAGAAGCACCAGAAUCAGGAAGAUCGAUGUGCAGCAGCCCAGCAGCUCCUGGAGCGUUUCUCCUUGCCGCCCCAGUGCCGGGUUGUGGCUGACCGCAUGGACAACAAUGCCAAUGUGGCUUACGGGGUAGCCUUUGAACGUGUGUGCAUUGUGCAGAGACAGAAGAUUGCUUAUCUUGGAGGAAAGGGUCCCUUCUGCUACAACCUUCAAGAAGUCCGGCAUUGGCUGGAGAAGAAUUUCAACAAGAUGAAUUCUAGAUUAGCUGGUUAAAGGUAUGAUUGUAAUAGAGCUUAUUAUUUUUUAAAAAAAGUUAUAUAAAGGAGAGGAAAAGAAGAACUGAAUCCACUAUUUCAACUGAGGCCCGUUGCCUCCGCGAAAGACAGCACGGGAAUUUACCUGUCAGAAGAACAUAAACCUCUAACAUCCCGUACUUCUUUAACUACUCAAAUGGCAUUGGGCUAAAUAGUAGCCCUGUUACCUCUCUUCUUGGUGAGAACCCCUGAGUAAAAAGAUCCAAGUUGGGAAGGAAGAAAUUCUGAUUCAGUGUUCCUUGAGAAAGAAGUGGUACUGCUGAUGAAAGCUUUGGGACCAGAAGACCAGAAUUACCUGAAUAAUUACUAUGUUAGGGAAGUUACUAUCUAUGUACAGAUAAAGUCUGUCAUGUAGGCUUUAGACAGCCUGGAUAGAGGCCAAAUGCGAAGUUCCCAAAUACUUACAAUGAAUCCUUGAACUUGGGCCCCAAGGUCAUGGCCUUGGAGGUGUUUAAUGUGUUAGAGUAGUGCUAGCCAUGCAGUGCUUUUUGCCAGGGAUGUUUGUAGAUACCAAGAAUGAUUCCUCAAUCUGAACGGUUAGAAUGAUCAUCUGAAAUUUGAGGGGUACUUUCUAGGCAGAUGGAAACACUGCCAGAAGAAAAUCAAAUUAUCAGCUAGGAAAGAGGAGGCAGAAAGAUUAGGAAACUUGAUAGAGUUUCACCUUGAAGCUGCACAAAGUGAGACUAAUUUGCUAGCCCCAGAAACAUAGAAACUUUAUAAAGCCAGAAAAGGAAAAAGCUCACCUAAAAAUAGCAUAGGAAAAAUACAUAUGAAGACAAGAUAUGUAUCAUAUGUUUCUACAUUGAGGGUGAAAAGGGGAUUGAAAGGAUAAAACCCACACACAUAAAUGUAUGCUAAUGAGGGCUUUUCUGUGGAAAUAAUUACUUUAUGAUACAUGUAUAUGGGUGUAUAUGUGUUAGUGGGUGAAUUAUACUUGGUGAUACCUAUCCAGGGGAAACCCAGUGAGUCUGGUGGUGCUGGGCUGUUCCUCCAGGUUCCUGCACUUAUAAAGUGGCUCUACUCAUUCCUCAUCUCAGUCUCCAGAGAAUGCUGAGCUGAAGGCAAGGGAGUCAGUACCCUGACCAUUCAGCUACAGCCCUCUUCUCCUUCCAAAGUACAAUUAUAGGUGCAAACAAUCAUUCUUUCUUCAGUUGCAAAAUAGGAGAAAGUUAGUUUAAUUCCUAUCAAUAAUUUUGGAGCCUUUCACAUAAGGCUUUCCUUAAUAUCAAGGAAUUUGGUAAAGUGGAAUUUCUAUUGACAUUUGAACUUGGGGUCUUCCUUUAGUCCCCUUAGCUGAGACUCAGUAAUCUAAAGUCCCAAGAGUACAUACUUAUAUAUGUCAUGUUUCUCUUUAAGAUAAAAACAAUGUCGUUUUAUACAUAAGUAAUAUCUAAAGAUUGUAACCCCCAAAAGAAUAGACCAACAGUUUUGUACCAUAACUUUUAAAAAAAAAAAAACUGAGUAUAUUUUCAAAUCACAGUAUAUAGUUUAAAGGCACUAAUGUUCUUAUGUCCAUUUCAUUCAUAGCUGUAUCAUAAAAUAAAGCUAACAGGAAAAGAUAAUCAAAACUUGAAAGUAUCUUCUUAAACUAGUUUCCUGAAAUGAGAAAAAAGUGGGAACUGGGUGUGCAGGAACCAAAUGUAUUUAAAAAAAACUGGAGCAAGAAAUCACUCAUAUCACAAGCUGGUAUAUUGUUCAGAUACUAAAGCUCCAUUGUGACACAUUUUCUUUUACAACAUCUAAGCUUUCCAAUGUUUUAAGUUCUACUAAAGAACACCCACAAGGAAACAAGGCAGAUUUUGAAAAUGUGAUGUUAUCUAUGAAUUGCUGUAAAAUCAAACCGAGAAUAGAUUAUUUCAGAUUUCGCCAUUGUUGAAUUCUACAGCCAACCUUAUCAGUGGCCCCCAUUGAUUUUUAUCUUCAAAAUGGUGUUGAGAUUUAUGUGGUGCCUGGAGAAGUAAAAUGAAAAAUUGGUAGCAGCACACCCACAUCGCUGUCCUUGAACUUCCCCUUUGUUCUACGUGUGCGAUAAUGGAACAGGAUGUCAGAGAAGCUGGUGGGGGGAUGAGAUUUGGCUAAGGCGGUGCUAGUCAUCUGGGGAAAGAGGAUGUUGGAAAAAUCACCCAUUUGUGCUCUAUUUAUAAAGAAAGAGAAGGUUGUGUGUGUGUGUAUGUGUGUAUGCAUGCAGACAAUCCUUCUCCCGGAGGGAACUCUGAAGGAGAAAUGAAGCAGAGGAAGUAAACAUGCAAAGGUAUAAGCUGACUGUUAGGGAGAAAGACAUGUUCAGUAGAACAUGGAAGACGUACUGGAAGAAAGGCUGUUGAAGGGCCAAUGGAGAAAGUGGAUUGACAAAGCUCAGGAAUCCUACAAUAUAUAGAAUGGCUUGGUCUUAUCAGUGUUAUGAUAAGCCUGUAAUUAUGUAACCUAUUUAUCUCAACAUAAACUUUUAUAAUAUCCUAUGAUGUAUCUUUUGUAAAAUCAAUAAGAACUCAUUCUUGGAGAUAAAAGAAAACCAAUGCUUAGCUGAUAAUGCUCAAAGAAAUGAUUAGAUCAUCAAUACCCACCCAUAGUGUGUUUUAUAAAGUUUGCUCUUUGAAGACUGAUAGUUGUAAUUCUCACGAGGGAAAAAAAUGUAUAUAGAACUCUGAGUUCUUUCUCUUUGCACCUAAAAAUCCCCCACCCAUAGCCAGUGUUUACAUGGAGCUAUCAGUUUAGCCUCUUUGCAGCUGAGUGAGCUUGUCUAGUAUUGAAAUAGUUCCCAAGAAAUUUUAGAUAUUAUCACACCAUCUGGAUUUACUCAAGCACUUACUGUUUGAACUAUCCAAAACUUACUUUACUUUAUUGCUUAGAGAAAGUAUUAGUGGAAUUUACAAUGACUUUCUUGAACGGGCAUGAAUGAAAUGCCUGCAGGAUAACCUAAAGGUGUUUCCUACAGCUAUGGAAGUGUGACUGACCUUCUUAGAGGCGAACUAGUCACGUUCUUGCUUUGUGUAGCUAAAGUGGCAGCCAUUUAACCUCUGUGACUUCUGUCUUCACAUUUUGGAUCUUUAAUCCUGUGUCUUCACUCAUUCAUAAAAUGUGUCCCUGAUUUUUGGGUAAUAUCGGCUUCUAAAUGGUCUAUUGAUUUAGUUAAAUUCUUACCCCAUUAACCAAGAGAUGUUUAUUCUCUGAUCAGGGAGAGAAGAAAAGACUAUUGUCUUUUGUUUUGACUGAGUCUAUUUCACUGUUAGGGCUCUUGAAUAAAAACUAUGAAACAUAGUGAGGGUCAUGUAUGGGGGUUGCCUUGCUGCCUAAAAUACCAGAGUGGCAGGUUAAACACAACAUUAAUGGCUUUGGAAAAAUUCUCAGGUGGAUACAAGGUGCCCUUGGCAUGCUCUAGAGGCUAUGCCCACAGGAAGAGGAAUUCACAGAUUUUUCAGGACUUCCCAUUAUGUAUAUCAUAAGAGAAUGAACCUGGACAUUUGUUCCAUCUGACUUCUGACUGAUGGUUUGGAAAAUAAGUUUAAUAAGAAUCCCCUGGCUAUUACAAAGAGGAAAAUGUAGACACUACUUCUGUUCCAUCUAAGGAUGAAUGGAAACCUUUACUAGCAUUUAGAGUCAUGUCUCUGAGAAGUGGAGAUUAACAAUAAGUCUUUUAAUUCUAGGAGUUUUUCAAGAAAUGAUGUUGCCAAAAAUAAGAGCUACCAGUAUAUUUGGUUAUAUCCCAACUUCCUCAUUUGCCUUAAACAUAGGAGUCAAACCCCUUGUUCAUAUGUCCUUGCAGAAUGGGACAUAAACACCAACUACUGUUUGCUAAGGGUGCUAGCUUGGUCUUGUCCUGAGUCCCUCUACCAAAGGAAGGGACUGAGGCUGGGUAAGGGAGGAAAAUUGCUCACUGAAUAAGAACCAGCCUCUGAGGGCUUGGUCUACUGAUUUGGAAAGAUCUGAAAAGAAAGUUCUUGGGGUUGGAGAAAGGCAGUGGAGUGCCAUUGCGUGACUUUAGGAUGAGCAAAGCAUUGGGCUACUUCCUAAAGCCCUGUGUUCCAGAUUGCACCAGAAACAAGGUCUCAGACUGCACAGACCCAGCUCUGUUCCAAGGGGAGUCUGAACCGCAGAGAGCAAGCGCACAGAUAUCCAAACAAGACUUCUCAUGCCAGUCAGGGCCGCCUGCCCGUCUUGGGCAGCAGCACCAGAGCUCCGGGGAGUUUAUUUAAUAUUUACUGAGACUUCGGAGACCCAGCAGAUGUUUAAUGAAGUCACUAUUUUGGCUCGAACUACCCUCCCCCCUCCACCUCGAAAAAAAGCAAACAGGUAAACAUAUAAAUGAAAGAAGCCCACAGAAGGGGAUGGGAAAUAAAUAAAAUUCUCUCAAGACUUGUCCAGCCCGUGUUGCUGGUCAGUGUGGUUUUCAUGUGUUAGGAUUGGGGGAUGUGAAGACAUGAGUAUCCAGUACUUUAUAACCAAAGCAAUUACAAGAUAUUGGGUAGGGAAUGUUGGCCAGUUUUGUUUAGUUUUGCAUCACAUUAUCACCGGACUCGCUGGCCCAAGUGAUCGGGCACCCGAAGAGGGAGACAGAGAUGUGCAGAGUCUACCAGUGUGCGAAUGAUAACUACUGACGAAAGAGUCCUUGACUCAGUUAGUGGUUGGAUGUAGUCACAUUGGUUUGUCUCUCCCCAUCUUUGUCUCCCUGGCAAGGAGAAUACUCGGGACACAAUGCGAGAGUCCUGGGUAACUGUGGUGAGAAUGUAUGUGUGUAUAUCUCUGCUGCUCUGUUGCAGAAGAAGAAACGCUUGGGACACUAUCCGUAGAAAGAGUGUUAUUAUAUUGGUGCUGAGUGGUAUGUGUGCUUUUACAAUUUGUUCUUGUAUUUUAUUAAACUUUGAAUAAAAGAAUAGAGUUACUCUUUGGUUCUAUUUGUUUAUUUUUAAAUUACUUUCUAGACCUUGCCUCAGGCUGGAACACAUCCAUGGUUGACAAGGGAAAGAGAAUCCAUCACUCCAAUAUUUAUUCCUUGGUAUUCGUGGGCAAAGGAGCCAGUGAUGCCAGAUUAUUUUAAUCUCAUGCUGUGUGCCAGAGUCUUCAAGGAAAUCAAGACACGUUAAGAGAAAACCUUCAGUUACUUUCCAUAUUUAUGAACAAGACACACACAGAAUUCAUGGAAAGGGGCUUGUUUAAGAAACUGGAGCAAACUUUAACUUUGUUAGAUUUACAUCCCAGGUUUUCUAAGUGUGAUAAAUGAACUUCCCAGGAAGCCGGUUGAAGCAACACAGACAUAAACACACACACACACACACACACACACACGUCAUAUAUACACAGAUAUUAUUUGUUAUGGGGUUGGCAGUGCGGGAAUGUGUAAUAAAAACAUUUAAACACAUUUAUAUUAAGCAUUUUCCACUAUGAGAAGGUAUAAGGAUAGAAAUGACAAAUGGAGACAGUAGUUUGUUAAUAACAAGGGAUAUGUUUGCAGCAUGGUUAAAUAUGUGCUUUGUGUACCUUUAAAACAGUUGACUUCACUAAAAUAUUAGUAUCUCCUGAGACUGAACUUGCUCAUGACUUUUUACAUACAAAUUUCAUGAAUAUUUGAAGCAUCUUACAAAAUAUUCUACAAUUUUUAAAAGAACAUCAAAAUAUCAUUACUUUGACAACUAUUUGUUGAAUUUCCAUUUUACUUUUUUGCUGGGCCCUGUACUAGACCCAGUAUCACGUGCAGAAGCAGUAUAGUUGAACUCUUGCAGAUACAAUUCCCUUAAGAAGCCUGUCAUAGAUUCACCAAACCCUAAAAGAGACUCAAAUUAAUCUUAAAAAUGUAGAAUUUAUUGGAUGAUAGAACUAAGCCCUAUGAAUAAUUGUAAUGAAUCUUCAGGAACAGCUGGAUCCAGGGUCACAGAGUCUUUCAGUGAUUAUUAGAUCUUUUGUCUCUGCAUUUUCUCUCAGACCAGUUUCUCCUUAUGUUGGGUGACCUGGCUGUGAAUAAGCUACUCUCUUGCAUGCUAGCUAUAAGAUGGUUUAGAUGAAGCUUGACCCUAUUCCCAGGGAAGUACUGGACUGGACCAACUGAUAUAACAUGCCCACUCUGUUGUCAGGCACAGAGGUAGGGUUUGUUACCAAAGCUACAAAGGCUGGGAAUAUUCAAAGGUAUUAGAAAUUAACUUAGUGACUUUUUUUGUGUUUAAAGUAAUAGACUAUUAUUUUAGAGUAGCAAU